UCUCUGGCGCGGCGGGGCCGCGAUCGAUGGUCAGUGGCGCCGCGGCCGCUUCGCGACCGGGGCGCUCGCGGCAGGGGCGCCCGCGCUGCCCUUCAGCGCCUGGCGCAGGCGCGACUGCAAGUCCCUGAACCGGUCGCUGCAGCUCGCAGGUGCCGCCUGGGCCUGGCCGCCGCCCAUGCGCGUGGAGGGCGGCUGCGCUGGCGGGACAAGCGCUGGCAGGUGGGCGGCAGGGCCCGGGCCGCCGCCGCCAGCCGCCGAGCCUGCGCCGCUGCCAUCGCCACCGGACGUCUCGUCCGCAGCAUGGCCAGGGCCCGAGGCGCCCGGUGCCGGCAGAGCAGGCGGCUGCUCGCAACGGCGGGCCCCGCGCGAAUCGAGCUGCAGCAAACGCCCCGGAGGAUCCACAAGCUCUUGUGCAUCAGGAGCGUCUUGCCGAAGACCUCGAGGCGCUGGCGCUGCGGCUGCGGGCGCCGGCGGCGCCGCCUGCGCAGCCAGCGCUGGGGGGGCAGCCUGGGCACCGCCAGGUGCCAGGAUCGCGGCCAGCGCCGCAGCCGGCGGCAGCGGCGGCGCUGGCGGCUGCAGCGGCUGCGCUGAAGCGCCGAGAUCGGCCAGGCAGGUUUUGGCCGCUGUUGCCUGGGCUGCGUUCGUCAAAUUUGUGCGAUGGGCAUUGCACCUCGAUGGGAUGACGUACCGGCGAGGCAGGCAGGACAUUUGAUGAUAUCGCUUCAACACGAGGUUCGCGCCGGCGUCGUCAGACCCCAUGAUGAAAAUCAAGCGGUCUGCGAUUUGUUCUAGAAGUGAAUUAGAAUCCGAACCAGCGCGCAGCGGCAUGUCCUUCGGGGUUCGGGGAGGCUCAUACGAAUGAUGAACGACUGCGUGAACAGGACAGGCGGGGCCAGAUGGGCCACACAGGAGACAGGUGACAGGUGCUGAAUGCUGAAUGCUGAUUGCUGGGGCCGCCCGCCGACCGUCCGCCAGCCCUGCGCUCAAACGAUCGGGGAUCGGGAAUCGGGGCCCGUCGGGGGACUGGCGGCCGCCCGGCCUCGCGAUGACAUUGUAUGUUUGUAUAUAUAUAUAUAUAUAGAUAAUUAAUGUGUCCCAAGGCUUAAGGCGCAAGGGGGAGGAUGGGGGAUGCUCCCCAAUGGCCUGCGAAUUGCGCCGGCAGCAAGUCAGCUGCGAUGUUGCAAUUUUUGAUGCUGUCCCAAACUCGGCUCUGCAUCGCUAUCAGCGCCGCGCUCACAUGCACUUUCGAUGUGUUGAUGUACCUUGCUGUCAGGAGCCUGCUGAUCUGGUUGCGGAGUUCAUCCUGCGGGCUGCUGGGCGUGUGGACCAUGCCCAUCAGAGCGGGCACUGCGUUCUCAACGACGCUGCUGGGCUGGGUCUGCGCAGCGACGCUGCUGCCUGCGCUGCCGCUGGCGGCGCUCGGGCCGCCGCCAGGGCCCGGGCUGGGGCGGCUGGGGCGAGGCCCCAGCACCGCAUCCAGCGGAUCCGUCGGCGGCACGAUGCCCGCUAAAAGCAACGGAUCUCCGCCGCCGCCCGCCAUCUUGGGCCAAAAUGGCCUACUCCGGGACUCCAGGACUCAUGGAUUGCCAAAAUCGAUACAACAUCGUCCUCUCAACCUGCGUUGUUGGGUCCUCGC